AUGACGACGAUUCCGAUGGACAUCGUCAACGACUUAUUCCUCCGUUUACCGGCGAAGAGUCUGGUUCGUUUCCGCGCCCUCUCCAAGCCGUAUUACCAACUAAUCGACAGUCCCGAUUUCAUCGCCUCACAUCUCAAUCGCGUCCUCCGAACCGGCGACCACCUCAUGAUCCUCCUCAGAGGCGCGCUCCAUCUCUACGCGGUGGAUCUCGAUUCGCUAGACACCGUCUCCGACGUCGAGCACCCGAUGAAACGCGGCGGUCCGACCGAGGUUUUCGGAUCCUGCAACGGCUUGAUCGGACUAUCAAACUCGCCAACCGAUCUAGCGAUUUUCAAUCCGUCCACUCGGCAAAUCCACCGAUUGCCUCCUUCGCCGAUCGAUCUCCCCGAAGGCUCCACCACCCGCGGCUACGUCUUCUACGGAUUGGGAUACGAUUCCGUCAACGACGAUUACAAAAUCGUCAGGAUGGUUCAGUUCAAGAGAGACUCAAACGACGAGCUCGGUUGCAGCUUCCCUUACGAGGUGAAAGUUUUCAGCUUAAAGAAGAAUUCAUGGAAGAGAAUCGAUUCGAAUUUCUCCACGAUUCAGCUCUUGUUCUACUUCUACUACCAUCUCUUAUAUCGCCGUGGAUAUGGUGUUCUCGCUGGUAACAGUCUUCACUGGGUUUUACCUCGAAGGCCUGGUUUGAUUGCGUUCAACAUCGUGAUUAGGUUUGAUCUUGCGUUAGAGGAAUUCGAAAUCGUUCGAUUACCAGAAGCUGUGAUGAACGGUGAGAUUGAUAUUCAGAUGGAUAUAGGUGUGUUAGAUGGAUGCCUUUGCUUGAUGUGUAACUACGAUCAGAAACAUGUUGACGUUUGGGUGAUGAGAGAGUACAAUGUGAGAGAUUCUUGGAGUAAGGCCUUCACGGUGAUGAAACCGAAGAGCGUGAAGUCGUUUGCGUAUAUGAGACCUUUGGUUUAUUCCAAGAGUAGGGAUAAGGUUCUUCUGGAGAUAAACAAUACGAAGCUUGUGUGGUUUGAUUUAGAGAGCAAGAAGCUUAGUACGCUUAGGAUUAAGGACUGUCCUAGCUCGUAUAGCGCGGAGAUCGUUGUGAGCAGCCUUGUUUUGGGGUGUAAAGGAGAUCUUGCUAACAUUGAGCGAAGGAAUGAACAGCGAGCUAGAGAGGCUAAAAUUGUGCAGAACAGUAAUAAGAGGGAUGAUUUCUUGUCCAAGGGAUUUAAGCUGCUUUAUUUACUUUCUCUUGUUCUCUGUUGUUGCGGACGAGCGUUUUUGUGGAUACAUACAAGAGUGAAAGACACAGUUGGUCAUAGGUGCGGAGAUACAGGGAGGUCAAAACAGUUAGCUGAUACAGGAGAAUAG